CUUUAAAACACCGUGGUCGCAAUACAGUGACUGAGAGACAAGCUAGCUGCACACUCUGCUUGGAAGCACCUCCAGCACAAAUGCAGUCGACCGUUCAGCUGACUCGCCGCAGCACUGUGGUGCGCCGAUGUGAGGGCCGCAUUUGCAGGCCCUUUGCCCCCUGCCACCCUGUCUCUCACAUUGCUAAAGCUUCGCCAGCGACUGAGGAGCCCAAGACGGCCAACAAGUCUGAGGCCGAGCUGGCAACUGAGAAAUUUGGACUGGAGGCUGGCUUGCUCACUGCUCUGACCUCCAAGGACGAGGGCGGUGAGGGCAAGCUCAGCAACACGGAGCAGGCGAAGCGGCUGCUGGCGCAGUACGGCUCCGCGUACCUCAUCACCUCCAUCUCCUUCGCCAUCGUCUCCUUCGCAGCAUGCUACCUGGCAGUGGACUCAGGUGUGGACAUGGCCGGUGUGCUGGCCCGGUUCGGGCUGGAGGCGUCAGACACCAGCGAGAAGGUGGGCACGUUCGCUCUGGCCUACGCCGCGCACAAGGCGCUGUCGCCGGUGCGCUUCCCGCCCACUGUGGCGCUCACGCCCGUGGUCGCCAAGUACCUGGGCAAGAAGAAGGAGGAGCCGUCCUCGGGCAGCAACAGCAAGUAGGCACCAGUUUUAAAGGCCUGGCGGGCGGUGUGCUAUGUGAGCUUCGGGUAUGAGCGCUUGAUUGUGAGAGGAAGAGUCGAGAGGUGUGAGUCCUGAGUUCUGUGUUUAUAACAACGCGUAAGAGAGCAGUCUUGUGGUCUUAAGUACAACGUGGUUUUGGCAGACAGAACUGGUAUGCACCGCAUCUCGAAUGCGAGGACUUUUAUCGAACGGAGAAGGAGUUGUGCUAUGAGGCUGCGGAGACAGCAAAAGCUGCGGAUACAGUAAUACGCCAGGUGGUGACAGCUGGUGUGGUAAAUGCCCUCUUAAUGUGGGCCAACGGGCAAGAGCUGUAGAGGGGACGGCGGCCGCCUGCCCGGCAUGAGGUCCAAAGCUGCGGAGUUGUAUUGCAUCAGGAGUUGAGGUGUUAAGGGGUGGGGUCGCUGGAAGGGUCCUUAAACUGUAAGGUAUUCCUUGG